AUGGCCAAAAUGCUGCUGAAACAAUAUUCCCUCUUCUCCGUUCUGAUCACCCUCUUCCUCCUCUCCAUUCUACUUUCCGAGGCUAGAUUAAUGUCAUCGCAUCCUUUCUCCGCCAAACUGUCGGCAAAAGCUAUGGCGCUGAAGAAUGAGAAGCUGACCCACCUCCAUUUCUACUACCACAACCUCCUUGCCGGCCCAAACGUCACGGCCCUGCCUCUCAACCCUAAAGGUCCUCUAGAUUUCAACGACCCGGCCGGUUUGUUUGGGCGGUUAACCAUGGUGGACAACCCUUUGACGUUGGACCCAGAGCUCAACUCCACCACGGUUGGGAGCGCUCAGGGGCUCUACGGCGUCGCUUCAAGGAGCGAGGUGGCUUUUGUGCAGUUAUUCAACUUUGUGUUUACCGCGGAUGGUGAGUACCGGGGCAGCACCGUCACUGUGUUGGGACACAACUCCAUAUUUGCCGACGGGACAAGGGAGAUGCCAGUUGUCGGCGGCACCGGAGUGUUCGGAUUCGCACGUGGAAAGGUUUAUUUCAAAACGUAUUCCUUUGAUGCUAUAACUGGAAAACAGCUCAACUCCACCACGGUGGGACGCGCUCAGGGGCUAUACGGCGUAGCUUCCAGGACCGACGCGACUUUUAUGGAGUUAUUCAACUUUGUGUUUAAGCCGGAUGGUGAGUACCGAGGAAGCACCGUCACUGUGUUGGGACGCAACCACAUACUUGCUGCCGGGAUAAGGGAGAUGCCGGUCGUCGGAGGCACCGGAGUGUUCGGGUUCGCUCGUGGAAAGGUUCAUGUCAAAACGCAUUCAUUUAAUACUACAACGGGAAACACGGUCGUAAAAUGCGACGUCUACGUCUUUCACUAUUGA